AUGGCUAAAAGACCGGGACCCCUGGAAGCCGAGAAAUGGGACUGUUGACAUACAGAGAUAUAGCUAUAGAAUUCUCUCUGGAGGAAUGGCAAUGCCUGGAUCAUGCUCAGCGGAAUUUAUAUAGAGAUGUGAUGUUAGAGAACUACAGAAACCUGGUCUCCCUGGGUAUUACUGUCCCUAAGCUAGACUUGAUCACCUGUCUGGAGCAAAAUAAAGAGCCCCAGAAUAUGAAGAGAAGUGAGAUGGUAGCCAAACACCCAGUUACGUAUUCUCAUUUCAACCAAGACCCUCAGCCUGAGCAGGGCAUAAAAGAUUCACUCCAGAAAGUAGUAUCAAGAACAUAUGGAAAAUGUGGACAUGAGAAUUUACAAUUAAAAAAAUGUUGUCAAAAAGGGGAUGAGUGUGAGGUGCGCAAAGGAGGUUAUAAUGAAGUUAACCAACAUUUGUCAAAUACCCAAAACAAAAUAUUUCAGACUCAUAAAUGUGUCAAAGUCUUGGAUAAAUUUUCAAAUUCCAAUAGACUUAAUACAAGAUAUACUAGAAAGAAACAUUUGAAAUGUGAAAAAUAUGGCAAAUCAUUUUGCAUGCUCUCACACCUAAAUCAACAUCAGAUAAUUCAUACUACGGAGAAGUCCUACAAAUGUGAAGAAUGUGACAAAUCCUUUAACCACUCCUCAAACCGUACUACACAUAAAAGAAUUCUUACUGGAGAGAAACCCUACAGAUGUGAGGAAUGUGGCAAGCCCUUUAGCUGGUCCUCAAACCUUACUAGACAUAAGAGAAUUCACACCGGAGAGAAACCCUACACAUGUGAAGAAUGUGGCCAAGCCUUUAGGCGCUCCUCAACACUUACUAACCACAAGAGAAUUCAUACUGGAGAGAGACCCUACACAUGUGAAGAAUGUGGCAAAGCCUUUAGUGUAUCCGCAGCCCUCACUUACCACAAAAGAGUUCAUACUGGAGAGAAACCCUACACAUGUGAAGAAUGUGGAAAAGCCUUUAACUGCUCUUCGACCCUUAAGACACAUAAGAUAAUUCAUACUGGAGAGAAACCCUACACAUGUGAAGAAUGUGGCAAAGCCUUUAGCUGCUCCUCAACUGUUAAGGCACAUAAGAGAAUUCAUACUGGAGAGAAACCAUACAAAUGUGAAGAAUGUGACAAAGCUUUUAAGUGGCAUUCAAGUCUUGCUAAACAUAAGAUAAUUCAUACUGGAGAGAAACUCUACAAAUGUGAAUAAUGUG